GACUUUAAUCCUCGUGCCGUCACUUUUACUCAAGGCUGUUGCUCUUUUAAUCUUACGCCUCCUAGUACUCCAUCAAAUAUAUACGAUGAGGAAUCAAUCGCUCGUCAGAUUGCAAAGUUAUAUGUUGGUCCACAUAAGGAACAAACUCCUGUUGAAGAGACAAUUUCGAUCUCUAAAUCUGGUCAAGGUCUAUUUUGUUUCCCUCCAGCUGUGUCAAAAUCUGAUACGAGGUCAAUUACUCCUUCUCCAGUUGUAACCACUGCUGGCCAUAAAUCAACUUUAAAUGGUUCCGAGAUGUUUGGUUGUACUUGGGGUGCUUUACCUUCUAGGUGGUUAUACGUCUCAAAUUUUCCAACUGAUGUUAAUCUUUGGCGCCACAUGAGAUCAAUUUUCGAGAUUUAUGGUGACGUCCAAGAAAUUCUUGCUGGAAUCGGUUAUGCUUAUGUGAUCUAUUAUGAUCUUCGUGACGCUGUCAAGGCACACCAAUUUCUCCGUCAUCAAGACGCGCCUCAUAAUCAGCGUAGAUUGGAAAUCCAGUUUUCUUCUAAACCAUGCGCUGAAUUGCCAAAAAUCCAAGGUAAUGAGUGUGAUUGGAUAAACGAAGGUGUCAUCAUGGUUUCUUGGUUUGGUGCACAAUCAAUUAAAUCUGCGAUCUUGAAUCGUUUCGAUGAAGUGGGUACGAUUAGAAUUGCCAGAUCUUUUUCUGCUGCUCAAAAUUUGGUCCUUCUUAUCGAAUACUAUGAUACACGCGCUGCUCGUGCCGCCAAAGAAUCAAUAAACGGCACAAUUAUCGAGGGAGCUCAAAUCCGUGUCCAAUAUUACGACGCCGGAUCACAAUCAUGGGAUGCGGUUGCUGAAGAUUUUAAACGUCAUCAAAAAACUGGUUUAGCCGUUCCUCCACCUCCACGUCAAUUUCCGGUUGCUCCUUCUAAUGACCCUGAAAAUAGGUCUGAAGAUUUGGCAAAAUUUUCUCCAUCACCACCUGAAAAUAGUACUGUGAUUUCAUCUGGUAACAGAACUAUUCCAGAAAAAAAUACUCUUGAUCUUGAAAGAAUUAGAAAUGGUCUUGAUAAUCGUACCACAUUCAUGAUCAGGAAUAUUCCGAACAAAUAUACUCAGCGAAUGCUGUUGGAUUGGCUUGACGAAACUCAUUGUGGUCAAUAUGAUUUCGUCUACUUACGUAUCGAUUUUAAGAACAAAUGCAAUGUCGGAUAUGCUUUCAUUAACUUUGUGGAUGUCAACUUCAACUCUGACAAGAUUUGCGAAUUGUCAUAUGCCAAUGUUCAGGGCAAAAACGCACUCAUCCAAAAGUUUAGAAAUUCAGGCGUCAUGUCGGAAACUCCCGAAUACCGUCCUAAACUUUUUCAUACCGCAGGUCCCUUGCGCGGUUAUGAAAUGCCAUUCCCAAGACCCGAUAACGUUGAAAAGCAAAUUGCUUUGAGAGGAAUGUUACGAAAAUAA